UGGGGAGAAGAAAACAAGUAUUUAUUUUGUAGUGUGUAGCGUUAAUUCAUGUUGAUUUUCGCAUUUAUUUUGAUUUUGAUAACACCACAUAACUUGUGCCAGAGGAAAAAACGAUAGCCAAAUUCAAGCUCUUCAAUAAAAACCACUUGUGUUUGUGAUUCUAAGUGAAAUAAACGAAGAAAUAGCUCACUUCACGAACUUAAUUAAAUAUGUUUGAGGUGUUUAAGUGAAAAGUCACAAUCUGUGAACGAAAAAAGACUUAUCGCACACACAAAAUCAAUGAGUCGAUUCAAAUUGAAUAAUUACACAAAAGCAUUGUCAGUGCGUUUCGAUGGUCAUUCAACCGAUUCAUCAGAAUUGUAUACAAAAACAAUUGAAUUAUUGCAUGAAUUGUGUUGAAAUUGAGAUAGAAUUGUGAACGAAACGGAGGAUAAAAAACUACGUACAAAACACAGUGACACGAGCACGCAAAAGCAAACUAGAUAAAAAAAGAGCAAAUCGCAUGAUACAAAAUAGGCAAAACAGCUGCUACAGCAUGGAAUUGGUGCUAAUUAUGAAUCGAAUUAUAUGCUCAUGCACGCUGUGGUCAACUUGUGUGUAAUGGUGUUGUUAAUUUUUAUGCAACAUUCAAUUGGAAUAUAUGUGGUGACGAAUGGUCGUCGAAAGUGCAAAUAUCAAAUAGAAAAUUGUCGAAAAUAAUCGUAAAUUCCAGUCCACCAAAUUUUUAUUCGGUUCAAGUUAUAUACAUAUCGACUGUAUUUGCUUAUUGAGCGAUAAUUUUUUUGCACAUGGCAUUAAUUCAAUGUACUCCAAGCGAAGAAGGAUUAACAACAAAGACCGACAAAAACCGCAACAAUACAACAUUUUCAUUGCACAGCAGUUGAUAAAGUUAUUGCUUAUUUCAUCCAAUACAUCAAACACAGUCAAAAGUGAUAAUGGAGUAUAAAUAUUGGAGCUGGUUUGGCGUUUGUCUGUGCAUUCUACUCAACAUUUUCGGAUUUUAUUGGCUAUUUGUGCUAUUUAUCUCCAUUUUAUGCUUUGUACUUGGGAUCGUAACUAUUGUGUAUUUACAUCAUAAGGGCGAGAAAAACAUUCUAGAUCGCCGAAAAACACAACAUCUAGCAUUCGAUCAAGAUGACCCGUUGCAAGCGAUCAAAGCCCUUGGACUAAAUCUAGAUCAUGAUAAAAAACCAAUAAUUUUGCUAUCGCCCGAUGUACGCAUCCAAACUGAGUCAAAAAAGCACAAAAAUUUGCCAUUGCAUUCUGAUUCGCGGAAAAAGAGCCUGAUCGAUUCCGGCAUUGAACUUCUAUUCAAAAAAAGUUCAAAAAGUGUUAAAGAUGGCGGCAUCGUUUCACAAACAAUAUCCCAUCCAUUAUCAAUUGAUUAUAAAUCUUCUGCAGAGAAAAUAUCUGUUCCAGCCAAUUAUGUGGACAAGGAGAUUUCAAGUCAUCACAGUGGCAGUUCGGCAGACGAACAUCACAAGUGGAAACUUUUUGAUACCAUAAAAAUUCACACGGAUAAGCGACGUUCGGUUGAGACAACGGGUGAUGUUCACAUGGGCGAAGAAUGUGGUGCAGUGCCAGUGAUCGAAACAACUCCCAUCUAUAAAUUACAUAACGAUUCAGCGGUAUUAGAUCAACAUGGAUCGCCAAAGAAGAAAUUCCGUACAAUGCUGAGCGGUCACAAGCAAAUCGAUCAAUUGUUACACACAAUCAUCAACUAUAUUUUGCGGGACUUUAUCGAUUCGUGGUUUUUUUCGUUGUCGGAUAACAAAGAAUUCAGUGAGUUUCGAACACGUAACUGCAUUGAAGAAAGCGUUCAGAAUGUGUGCACUCGAGUGAAAAACACACAAUGGGUGCCAUUGAUGACCACAAAAUUAGUAGAUAUCGUUGCAAUGCAUGCACGACUGUAUCGAAAGGCCAACGCAACAUUGAAUUUACAAUUGGACGAGACGAAAUCAUCGUCGGGUAGUAGCCAAAGUUCAUUUCAAAUGCAUACGUCGAAUUCAUCGCCACAACGCCAAUCAAAAAAUGCCAAUCGAAAAAUGAAUCAACAUCGACGCAACAAAAGCGAAACCGAUCUCAAUUUUAAUAAUCAAUCCGUUCAACGGACAUUUGGCAAUUCGAAAUUUUACGAAUCAGUGGAUCACAGUCGAAAAAAGUCCACCGAUAAAUCGCCGGUCGGCGAUGCCAGCGAAGCCAAACUUAUUACAGCAUUUUUUAAUCAAUGCGAACUAUACAGGGAGGAGUGUUUAGACGAUCAAGUGCUUGAAGAUUACUUGACACAUUGUAUGGAAACGGUGCUUUAUUUUACGAUACCGGAAGAUGAUUUUGCAUGCAUUCCAUUACGAAUGUUCCUAAGCACUUUGCUAGCCAAUGUUGUGUGCAAACCAGUCAUCGAUUUGUUAUCAGAACCGGAUUUUAUCAAUUUACAAGUUGCCAAAUCGUUGACAAAAGAACCACCGACCAGUGAAAUUUUUCUAAAAUUAUUACGCCAAUGUGAUGAUGCGGCCGAAUUGCGGGCCGUUCGACAAUUAAUUACAAAAGAAAUGGAUGCGAAAUACAAAGAUCCAAAUGCAUCUGCUGAGAUGAGCAGCUUAAAAUAUGCACAGAAAAUGAUUGAUUUGCGAUUGAGUUACAUGCAAAAUAAUAAACGUGAAACAGAACGUGAUUGUAGUUCCACGGCCAAUUUACCAAUUAUUCAACUGGACGAGCUCUUGAACAAAGAACUAACACUUUCUUAUUAUUUGGAUUAUUUGAGUGUGUCAAAUCAUCAACGUUAUGUGAUAUUUUAUUUAUCGGCAAAAGAUUGGAAAGCCACAGUAACCAGAUAUACGGUUGAAUUACAGUCGAAUAAAUUGAAAGGAGCCCGUGACGAUGUGAUCAAAUUGCUUCGCAGCAAAGCUACCAAUAUUUACACAGAGUAUUUGGAACAAACAUCAUCGAAUGCGUUGAAUAUUGACUCUGGUCUGAUUGAAACCCUGAACAUUCGGUUGAACGAUGUGUCAAUUAAUCCGGAUCCAAUGUGGUUCGAAUCGAUUUGUAAAUAUGUUUACGAAAAGAUAAAAAAUGAGGAUAUUUUUCUAGCGAAUUUUUAUCGAAGUUCACAAUACCGGAAAUUGCUGUUGGAACUAGAGUUUUACAGUAACUAUAAUGUAGACGGUGAAAUUGAUUCAAAUACAGCCACACAAUUGCUGAAUCAGUGUGAAACAGGCAGCGACAGUAAUUCGGAGAGCAAUUUGACGUUCGACGACGAAAUUGAUUUUAUUGCGUUAGACGGAAAUGGCAGCGAUUUCUUAACACUGAAUACGGGACAUAAAAUUUCACCGAAACAUCAAGUAGUUAAAGCAAAUGAAGCAAUGGAAAAAUCCGAUAGGACGGAAUCAGUCAAAACUCCUGACACCCAUUUACUUGAUGUUAUUGGUGCUGGUGUUAGCAAACAUUAUCGAUCGCACAGCGAUUGCACCGGAAUUGUUCAGAAUAUUGACGAUAUCCGAAUUGAACCAUUACCUAAAGAAGCUGGAUCUUCUCCAGUCAACGAAUGGAAAAAACCGAAAAGUGACAAUGAAGGAUCUCCCAAGCAUAGCAACAUUCCCCAAAAAAGUGACAAUGAAAAAGUGACGUUAAUUUGUCCGCAGCAUCGAUUAUCAGCGAAAAUCAUCAAUACAGCGAUCAAUUGUGAAGGUCAAUUUGCCGUUUAUGCUAUUCAAGUCACCGUCAUCGAAGAUAAUCAACAGAAGAGCUGGCAUGUCUAUCGCAGAUACUCUAGAUUUUUGGACUUGAAGAAAGUGCUAGUAAAACGGUUUCCAUCGAUAGCGCAAAUUCCCUUUCCAGCAAAGAAAACGUUUCAAAAUACACAGCGUGCAGUGUUGGAACAUCGUAUGACAUUACUGAACGAAUUUCUAAAAAUGAUAAGUAUGCGGGCUGACGAUAAUGAUGAACUUCAUUCGAUCCUACGUGACUUUCUCGAACCAGACAUAAAUGAUAAAAAAAUCCACGGCGGAGCUGUCAUUAGAACGAUUGAAACGAUUGUGAAUCCAUUUAAAUCAGGAAUGCGUACGAUAAAAAAUAUGCCUGACACAUUAGUUGGAGGCAUGGCACGAAUACUUUUGGGCAAGGGACCGGCCAAAGAAACUGCUUUCUUGGAUGUCACACCAAUACAUCUGGAGCACUCGUCCGAAUACGCAGCAUACCCGGCGUUAACAUCGGCUCUAAAUUUAUUGGAUGAAGUGUUUGAUUUACAAGCACGAUCACAAUGGCUUCGUCGUGGAUUGAUCAAUCGACUUUUGGGUGCUCCAUGGGUUAGUCAAGCGGCCAACAAACGGAUCACUCAGGCGGCUAAGACCACUAUUGAAUUGGAGAAAAUCGAAAAUUUGCUCGGAAUUAUAUUAAACACAAUUUGGCCGGAUGGGAAGCGAUCAAAUCAGAGUGUUUCACGUGAUGAAAACACCAAAUUGAGGACACGAAUGGCUGCGAAAGUGGCUCUUUUCACUCUAUUAGCAGAUGAUUUAAAACAUGUAGUGGGAUCAGAGACAACUCGUUAUGGAUUAUUGAAUAGUUUUUCCAUGUGGCAACAUAAAACACUGAAUAAACGACUGGUGCUCGUGCUAUUCAAUGAACUACUGACAACACUCUAUCAAACUGACGAUUUAACAAAACAUGUCAAGUAACUGUGAGCUCAAUAAAACGGUUACGUUUUGAUGUUCAAAAUCAUCGCCGUGGAAUGAAAACACUUAAAACGAGGAUAAUUUCGGAAUUUUGACAAAAUACAAACAAAGCUUGAAUUAUCUCUUGAAUACAGUACAAUUUACAUACUAAUUGAGAUGCCGAGUUACCUUUUAAA